CCCACGUAAAACGACAUGAGUACGAUCUUCUGGCGAAGGAUAAAAUCACUUCGACAAUCGACCGUUCAACAGAAAGCAGCCCUGACGGUCAUUCUAAGCGGCAUGCUCACUCUACUGAUCGUCGUCCUCGCGCUUCAAUGCGGCGCCAAUCAGGCCGAGGAGUACACCUCUCCUUGGCACUACAAGUGCGAUAAUGGCUUGUGCAAGAAGCAAUCGAUCACGGAACAGACUAGCAACCCCCUUGCUCUCGGCGUCUGCCAAUUGUCGUGUGGUGAUGGUGGAACUCUUUGGCCGAAGCCGACGGGACAUUUGGCCAUCGGUAACACCGUGGUCCAACUGAAUCCCAACGACAUCGUCCUCGGUGAUAUCUCGCAGCAGACGGUAGUGGGAAAUCUACUUCAAAAAAACAUAGAUCGUCUGAAAAAUAAUAUAAAAAAUCUUAGCGGUCCGUUGACAUUGAAAGACGGCGGCGCUCGCUUGACGAUCCACUUCACCAAAGAUCUUAAUGUCGAUAACGCCAAGCUGACCUUGGAGACGGAUGAGAGCUACACUCUCCAAGUAUCUCUGGGCGAUGGAGGACAGGUGAAAGCGCACAUCACGGCGAAGACGUACUUCGGCGCUCGCUACGGUAUAGAGACCCUCAGCCAGCUGAUCGUUUACGACGAGCUGCGGAACAUCAUACAAAUCGCCAAUGAUGUGUAUGUUUUUGACGGUCCAAAGUACCCCUAUCGCGGGAUACUCCUGGAUACCAGCCGAAACUACGUGAACAAGGAGACGAUCCUGCGGACGAUAGAUGGCAUGGCCAUGUCCAAGUUGAAUACUUUCCACUGGCACAUCACCGAUUCCCACAGCUUCCCCUACGUCAGCAGAACGUGGCCGGAAUUCGUCAAAUACGGUAGCUACUCGCAGACGAAGAUCUAUACACCCGAGAUGAUUAAAGAGAUCAUGGACUAUGCCUUGGUCCGCGGUGUCAGAGUCCUGCCGGAGUUUGAUGCUCCCGCUCACGUCGGUGAGGGUUGGCAAUGGGUUGGCGAUAAUGCGACGGUAUGCUUCAAAGCCGAACCCUGGAUGAAUUAUUGCGUGGAACCACCAUGCGGCCAGUUGAAUCCUACUAGCGACAGAAUGUACGAGGUUCUAGAAGGCAUCUACAAGGACAUGAUGGAGGACUUUGAAUAUCCUGAUAUUUUCCACAUGGGCGGCGACGAAGUGAACAUCAAUUGUUGGAGAUCUACGAAAAUCAUCACUGACUGGAUGUUGAAGAAGGGAUGGGACCUCAGUGAGAGCAGCUUUUAUGUACUGUGGGAAUACUUCCAGGAGAAGGCUAUGGAGAAACUUAAAAUCGCCAACGGUGGUAAAGACGUCCCAGUUAUCCUCUGGACCAGUGGCCUCACCAACGAGGAGAAUCUUCAGCACCUGGACCCCAAGAAGUACAUAAUUCAGAUAUGGACCACUGGUGAAGAUGAGACUAUUGGUAGACUGGUGCAGAAUGACUUCAAGAUUAUUAUGUCAAACUAUGAUGCUUUGUAUCUUGACUGCGGAUUCGCAGCUUGGGUGGGUGAAGGUAACAAUUGGUGCACGCCAUACAAAGGAUGGCAGAAGAUUUAUGAUAACUCACCUUUAGAAAUAGUGAAGAAACAGGGAUAUGAACACAAAAAGGAUCUUAUUCUGGGUGGAGAGGCCGCACUGUGGACCGAGCAAGCGGACAGUGCAUCUGUUGAUUCGAGAUUGUGGCCGAGGUCGGCUGCGAUGGCUGAAAGAUUAUGGAGUGAACCGACUUCCAAGUGGUACCACGCCGAACACAGGAUGCUAACGCACCGUGAGAGGCUUGUGGAACAAGGAAUUGACACGGACAGUCUGGAACCUGAAUGGUGUCUGCAAAACCAAGGCUCGUGUUACGCAUAAAUUUUACCUUAGACUAUGUUGUUACGAAGACUCGCACUUAUUUCACGUGUACAGAAACUUAUUGUUUUUAUACAUUUGAUGUUAUAAUAAAUACCGCUGUUUCAAU